GCCGUCGUCGCCGUUGGCCCCGAUUGCGUCAGCGUCGUGGCCCGUCACUGUAGCAGCUGACGCGGGGCCCUCGCAGUAUUGAGGAAGUGCAGCAGCGCCACCGGACAGGUGUGCGGCCAUUGGCUGGCUGACAGGAGCGCGCUACACACACACGCGGCGCAUGGUCUCCCACUUCCCGAGGCGUUCGGGACGGUCACCCUCGCCGGUGCACCGUUUCGGCCGUUAUACGUGUACGCGCAGGCUGCUUCUCUAACCGGUCGGCACUGCUUCUUCCAGCCUUUGUGAAGCGUCCGAGGAACAGAGUUGCCCUGUCGUGCGCUGCGCUGUUUCUGCCACCGUCUGCCCGCGUCCCCGUUGCAUUGGCCUGCACGUGUGCGGUGACGGCCUGCAGGUCCCCCUUUUUUCUCCGUGCUGUCUCUCGCACUGCGCGUCACAGUCGCGCCUUCCUUCCUUCCUUUCUUGCUACGCGACUCCGCCUGGCCGUGCCGCUUCACGUUCCUCGCCGCCACGCCGUCGCUGCCAUCGUGCGCGUAGUGCCCGCCUCACGUGCGCGCCCUCGUCGCUGCGCAAACUGACGGCGAUCCGUCGGCCCUCGUCGGCGACUCGGCCGGCUUCCGAUUUGUAGCCGCCGUUCGGGCCUUCUGCGCCGUCUGCAGCACCCCGCUGUUGUCUCCCGACUGCCUAAGCCUAAACCCGCGCGGCCGGCGGCGCUCUUCUCCGACGGCCGCGGUUCCCCCCUGGCUACGAGACGUCGCUGCUGUGCUUCGUCGUCUGCUUCCGGCCGGCCCUCUCGGCUCGCCACCCUCGACCAGCUGGAGCCAUGAAGAAGCUGUUCGCCGCCAUGGGAGCUUCCUUCAGGAAGAAGAAGAUAGAGACGCUGGGCAAAAUGACGGCCAUGUCGCAGGAAGACAUCGUCAGCAACACCAAGACGGUGAUCCAGGGCUUGGAGGCAUUGCGCAAUGAACACAACACCAUUCUGUCAGGGCUGCGCAGCUCGGUGCAGGCGGUGCAGCAGUCCCAGCAGCAGCAGGACAACAAGGCCAGCCUGGUGGCCGAGGAGAAGGCCCAGCUCGUCCAGAAGUCCCUCGAGGCACUCGAACUGGGCCUGGGCGAGGCGCAGGUCAUGGUGGCACUCGCAUCGCACCUCCAGGCAGUGGAAGCGGAGAAGCAGAAGCUUCGCGCCCAGGUGCGCCGCCUGUGCCAAGAGAAUGCGUGGCUACGUGACGAGCUGGCCAACACGCAGCAGAAACUGCAGGCCUCGGAGCAGGCGGUUGCCCAGCUCGAGGAAGACAACAAGCAGCUGCAGUUUGUCAACUCGCUCAAAAAGUACGACGACCUGUCGGCGUCCACCACGUCUGUGGCCUCCUCCUCGGCUGCCCAGGGUGACGAGUCGCAGAAGUCUCAGAGUGAGAAACGCGAGGGUGACCCUCCCCUAGACCUGGGCUUCCCCGACGACGAGGAAAACAAUCAGGACGCCCUGUCCCCACCCGGAGGUGGUGUCGGCAUGGGCCCCAUGGGGACCUCCGGAGGCGGGGGUUCGGCAGGUUACGAGAUCCCGGCUCGGCUGAGGACGCUGCACAACCUGGUGAUCCAGUAUGCGUCGCAGGGGCGCUACGAAGUAGCCGUGCCCCUGUGCAAGCAAGCCCUCGAGGACCUGGAGAAGACCAGCGGCCAUGACCACCCGGACGUGGCCACCAUGCUCAACAUCCUGGCACUUGUCUACAGGGACCAGAACAAGUACAAGGAGGCGGCUGCGCUGCUGAAUGAUGCGCUGGCCAUCCGGGAGAAGACGCUGGGCGAGAGCCAUCCUGCCGUGGCGGCCACGCUCAACAACCUGGCCGUGCUGUACGGCAAGCGAGGAAAAUACCGCGAUGCUGAGCCCCUGUGCAAGCGCGCCCUCGACAUCCGCGAGCGGGUUUUGGGCCGAGACCAUCCCGAUGUUGCCAAGCAACUCAACAACCUGGCCCUACUCUGCCAGAACCAGGGAAAGUACGAGGAGGUUGAGCGCUACUACCAACGGGCAUUGGACAUCUACGAGCGGACGCUGGGCCCCGACGACCCGAACGUGGCCAAGACCAAGAACAAUCUGGCGUCGGCAUACCUCAAGCAGGGCAAGUACAAGGAGGCCGAGCUCCUGUACAAGCAGGUGCUGACGCGAGCGCACGAGCGGGAGUUUGGCUGCGUGUCGGGUGACAACAAGCCCAUCUGGCAGCUGGCCGAAGAACGAGAGGAGAACAAGAGCCAACGUCGAGACAAUGCACCCUACGGCGAGUACGGUGGAUGGCACAAGGCGGCCAAGGUCGACAGCCCAACGGUGGCUACCACGCUGAAGAACCUGGGCGCCCUCUAUCGACGACAGGGGAAGUACGAGGCAGCCGAAACGCUGGAGGACUGUGCCCUUAGGGCGCGCAAGGAGGCCUUGGAACAGCGGCAUGGUCGGUCAAUGCCCUACCUGGACUUCUCAACGCACAAGGACAAGAGGCAGAGUGGCAGCGCCAAGUCGGGGUCGCGGAGGGGUUCGCGCGAGUCCCUCGAUAGCGUCAACUAUGAUGGCCAGCCGCAGGACGAGUGGCGGCGAGCGGCAGUUUGCAUGUGGGGCACCUCGACGCGCCGUGUGUGGCCUCGCCGGCGUUCCAAGCUCUGGCCCCGGUGGCAGAGCCCUUCGGGACUCUUCUCCUACUGAACACUUCCUCCUCUGUCUUGCGCAGAAAGCACUCUUUGUCACCUCGUCUGUGCACUUAGACAGCGCUGAGUUCACUGAACACCAGAACUCCACGAUCACUCGCCAUGGUGCUUUGCUGGGCUCUUAGCUGUGGGGAUCAAAUCCGGGAAGCUAACUUGCACUGGCUGCUUUAUUCGCACUCUACUGCUGUAACAUUGAGUACAGGGACAGCUUGUGAGAGCUGAGGAGGAUGUUCUUGUGAAAGACUCCUUGUAAUGUCACGCCACGUGAGACGUGGGUAAAGGAACAGAUGACAAAUGCUGCUGUCUGUUGCUCGCUGCUCGCCGUUUACUACUGUCCACUCCUGUGUUGUACUGUAACACUCAUUAUAGAAGGCUCGCCCUCGAGUACUCAGCAGCACGUGUCAGAGAAGUGUUCUUAUAUGUCAACUCAGUCAAAAGCCACAGCAGACAGCACCGUAUGGAGUUUAAAUGGUCAUGUGUUGGUUGCUUUUAGCAACAAUGCUGCAGUUCUUGGGGUUUGGCAAGUCUUGUGAUUACUAGCAGACAUCAGCUUAAAUGUAGGUGUCAGCAAGGUCAUGUUGAGCAACUUAUGUUGAGCCGUGCUUACGUGCUGCUUUCAUUGAGCUUUAACUGUGGUUUUGCAGAAGUGCACAGCCGAGUUCACUCGCCGGAAUUGCACAAUUUAGGUCAGUUUCCAUCCUUUCCAUCCUUGAACAUAAUAAGAGAGCACUUACGUAAUAAUGGGAAAGAGUUCAAUUAAUGCCACUUUUUAUUUGUGUGGUUCAUAUAGAAGAAGUAGGACUGGUUCAGCUACAGUCAACAUAACUACAAGUAAACCUCAAUAUAAUGAACUUUAAUAUAGCAAAGUAUUUAACUUUUUAUAACUUGUUGUUCCUAGAACAUCAUGCAUAUUCAACCACAAUAUAACAAAGUGUGUUUAUGCGUAAUUUCAAUAUAAUGAAAUUCCACUGCCCCUGCAAAGGAGUAUCGAGACAAGAAAUGGAAACUUCCGCGGAUGCAGAUAGUCAAAUGGUUGAAUUGCAUGCGGCUGCUUUCGUACACACCUCUCAAAUGAAGCGGAAAAGCGUCACGUUCUGUAUGAAAGCCAAGUGUGAUAAGAGUCUUAUCACACGCACAGCAUGCUUUAGGUGCGACGGAUAGUGCGCAAGGACGGUGGCUUGACGAGUGCUGUCUUCCUGUGUGAGCGAGGGGAAAGAGCUUGCGGUUAUGCGAAUAAGCACGCCCGUGGUAUGUGGGGGGAAGAGAGUUGGGGGCCCGGCUUGCAUGUGUGCGUCGCCUUUACCCGUGCAGCCAUGGCUGCGCAUGGCUGAAUGCAUACGUAGCCCACGUGCUCGGUUUUGAUGAUAAUUUGCCACCAAGCUGAAAGAUGGUGGGGAAUAGUGCGCUGUCUUCCCAUGCGUUUAGGGCUGAAGGUAGCACAACCUAGAGUUUUGGAGAUGCGUUUAAACGAGAGGCAGACAAAGCAUUUGCUCCCUGUGACUGGCACUUUAAAUGAUAGCGUUGUCCCACUGGGAGCGACACUGUCAGCCGCGGGACAGAAUGGACGCGAAAGCGCAGCUCACGGCGCACCGCUGAUGUGAGGAUGUCGUCGACAAGGCACAGAAACGUAUCUUUCGUCGCCGACUCUUUAAAUUCAGCGAGAUGAGUUUUUUCCUCAUUCAAAUUUGGUUUUCACGGUUGUCCAAUAAUUUGAAAAUUUUUUAAACCCUUUCUGUAUAAGAAAUAUUCAUCUGCUAACAAAGAAAAUUGCUGAAGCUACCGACUUUGUCAUAUCGAGGUAGAACGAACUAUAGAACGAAGCCACAUUUGACUUUAAAAUGUCUUCAUUAUAGCUGAUAUUGGCUAUAUGCAUAUAUUUGUUACAUGCCGAUAUCUACGAACACUUUUUAUUUAUUUAGUUGUAUAUAAAAUAAUUUAUUAUUAUAUCGUAGUUCAGUUGUGCUCGGUCUUUUUGCAGUAAUGUUCUGUACAGGGGGUGUCGGUGGCGUUUGGUUUGGGCCAAGUUUGGAUGCCAUUGCUGCUUUCGUAGGAGGCUUCCUUCGGUACAGCAUUGGCAGCAGGUGAUAAGUACUCGUAAUUAUGUAAUUAUUGCAGGUGAAAGCGAUAAGUACCUCAUGCAAAAGCAGUACCAAACGGGAAUGCACUGCUCAUGGCCAUUUCCUGUGGGAAAUUUGAUCGGGAGCAAGCCCGCGUCUUUGCCGGACAAGCCAUUUAUAGCUGGUUCCAUUAUUUGUACAACAUUCUGUGUGUCGUGGGCAGCUCUCAGUGCAAGUUGGCAGUUGAGCUCUCAUCUCUGGAACGGAACAGGGUGCCAUAUGAUGGCAUGCUUGCAGAAGGGCACAGUUCAUUGGUGUUCAGUGAUCCCAGCCACACUUAAUGCAAAGCACGUCUUUGGGGCACAGUGUUUAGCCAAGCGUUACGGGGAGGUUUCAACUCAAACCAUGCUACAUAACUGUGAUAAAUAGGUCCAAAGUUCCUACAGCAGCUAUCUUAUGUCACAAGUUUAGUCAAGAGCACUUCUUUUCCUUUUCUUUUUUUUUGUAAUUUUUGUGGGGCCAUUGGAGGGAGGCAGUUACAUGCUCCUGAAAACAGACUCGCUUGUCCUUACAUCUUUACUUAUUACUUGUGCGUGAAUGCUUUGUGCAAGUCUGUGAUCGAGUUUGUGUAAUCAUUAGUUGAUUUUACUUGUUUUCUUAAUUUUAACAAGAGACGAGAAAGUGCCAAGACUCGCGAAAGUUACAUGUGAGAUGUAACGCAUACAUGCAUGUCUUUUUUUUACUAGUACUGCCACAUUAUUCGCUUUUACUCACCUUACCUUUUACUUCUAUCUUUUAUCUUUUGCUCAUAUAUUAAUUGCAUAACCUUUUAAGGAGGCUCACAGGAAAUGUUGAAAUGUUCAAAUGGUAGCAUGUGGUAUACUAUUGUAUGGAAGAAAUUUCUUUGUGUGCUUUUGCAUAUUUUCUCUCUUGCACUUUGGUGCCAAGGUAUAUUUGUGUGGGAAUACGCAACUUUCUUUUCAUCUCAUUGUGGUCAGGGGUCUUUAAUUCGUUUAUACCGAUUUUUUUUUUGCAUUUAAAUCAUACUUUUCUUUGUCCUAAUUCAAUUUGUAUAUUGUUAUGGCAAGGCAGUUAGGCUGUUUGCAACUUCAUUGCUAGGGAUUUUGAAAGGUUGCCAGGGUGUCUGUGUAUCUUUUUUUUGUUUUGCUGUAUAAAUUAUUUCCGUACAUCGUUAUAUUUUAACUCUGUUGUUUCUUUGCCUAGGCAUUUACUUACGCAAUACUCUGUGCCACCAAGUGCCUUCAGCAAUUGAGGUUAUGUUUUGGCGCAUUAUUUUUAGUGGUCCCAAUAAAAUGUUUCCACAUG